GCCAGACGCAAGAGAGAAGGGCAUUCGCAGAUGUCAGGAUGGACAGCAAUAUCUAUACAAUAGUGAGAGCAGGGACUUCGUGUUGGGAUUUAAUUGAAGUGAAUGCGCACCAUGCCAUUUCCAGAAACCUGGAUAGCUUAAUCUGUGAUUCAGAAUGCCUUGAUGCCAUGAAGUCUGUGAAGCCUAGGAAAAAAUUUAAGAAUGAAGGUUUACACUUCUGUGUUUUCUUAAAAGAGCUAAAGAAUUCAAAAACUUUCAGAUCCUCUUUCAUUAACCAUGCCAUGUCUCAGAAUAUGAGGAAAAAGAUUCAACCAACGAGAAAUAAAAAUGAUAUACCAGUUAUAAUCUUAUGGACAAUAAAUGACAGUAUUCCACACAUUAUUGACAAAGAGUGGUGUGUUCGCAUGAAUGAAUGUGCUGUUGACCGUCAGAAUCUAGACACAGUAAUGUCUUGGCUGUCAACACUAGGAGGUGCCUGCUCAGCCCUAGGUGAUUAUGACACUCAGUUUGCAAAGAGGGCAGGUGAAAUAUCUGUUAAGCAAAUGGAAAUUGCCCUGCGUCUAGGUGACCCCUUUGUGAUGUCUCGAUGCCGUCUGUAUUUAGCUAUAUCUAUGAUCCAGCAACGGAGAUUCAAGGGAGCCUCGGCAAUUGUGCGAUAUGAGUACCACAACGCGCACACCUUACCCAAAGAGGCAAGAGAUCACCGUCUCAUCAAAAUGUGCCACGGGAUAUGGACUAAGUUAAGGCACGAAAGACGAGUGCACAGACUUAGUACAAAGAUUAAUUCCAGUCGGACUGUUUAACUUUGUUUGAUGCGACCGGGAAAGAUUGAUUUCGCUGGAAAUAUUGAAAGCCUGGUUGUGUUGUUUUAGGUACUGGCUAGAGAAUCUGUGAUCCCACUUUAUUCUUUUUCUUUUUUCUUUUCUUUCUUUUUUUUUCUUUUCUUUCUUUCUCUCUUUCUUUCUUUCUUUCUCUCUUUCUUUCCUUCUUUCUUUCUUUCCUUCUUUCUUUCUUUCUUCCAGUUCCCCAUACUUUUCCUAUAUUAUUAGAUUUAUUGUGUGCAGUUUUGUCUUAUAGUUACCACAUGCUCCAGCUUUUGUAGUAAAUGGACUAGACUCAGGUAGUAUAGAGACAUUUCUUUGAAAUUACUUUCCAGUUUGAAAAAAGAAGCACUUAAGGAAAAUGUUUUUCUUUGCAUUGCUGUUUCAUAGGCAGACCUUUUCGAUGUAAAGUUAUUUUAACCCAGAGUCUCUGGGAAAAUGUGUUCAUUGUAGUAUUGUUUGUGAAAGGUCUCUAUGCACAAAACUGGCUCAGCAAGUGCUUAGCCACAAAGGAGUCAAUUAGUAGACCUCGUGACCUUACUCGAUUUCACCUUCCCUUUAGUUUGUGGGAAAAACACUUUUUUACUAAUGCUAUCAAUAUCAAUCCUGUUGUUUUUAUUAUCAGCAUUAUAAUUAUUAUAGUGUUAUUGACAUAACCAAGAGCAAUAUUAGAUACCAGAAAAUAUUUUCAAAAAUCAAGGAAAAGAUUAAAGACGUGAGACAGGUAGUACUUGUAACUGGCUCAUUGUGACUUGCAGCCAUCUGUGUGCAAAAAUAAUUAUUAAAUUAAUCCUAGAGUGAGCAUGGCAUGUAUGUACAAGCCAUCCCCAGUGGCUUUGGGUUAAGUUAAUUUCUUUUCUUGUGUAAUAUGUAAAUAUUCAUAAAUACAUAUAUAUCUCAUCCUAUUUUUCAAUAUUAUAAUGCUCUAGGAAUUCUUUAGUAAUCUGCUGUGAAGUUUAGGAUACAUUUUUAUUUUCUGAAGUUUGUCCAGAGAAUAAUGUGCUUUCAGUAGUGUCUUACAACUUUUAAUGUCAUUUCUAAAGACAUUCUCAUAAGAAAAUAUCACACAAAGAGUCUGUAAAUACUUGAAUUGAGAAUAUUCUGAAGUAUUACAUAUCCUUAAUUUGCAUAGUAAAUGGUUACACAUGUCUAUCUUUAUUUUUACAGUUUAAGAAAAGCUCAAUACUGCCCUUUUGUUGUAAGAAAAUGUCAAUAAAAACUUUCUAGAAGUUAUUCACAGACUUUAUCUUCAGUAUUCUUGCCCAAGAGGUGACAUCACUGAAUAAAGGAUAGUUUUCCACAAAAGAAAGAAAAUGAAAUGCAAAGUAAGUCAAAGUUAGUCAAAGAUGCUGGAAUUUCUCUUCACUAUUACUGAUAAAAAAAUAAGUAAAAGCAUUGAAGAUAGCAACCUUUGAUAUGCGCAAAGUACCAGACAUUCAUUUCAUAAGUCCACUUCAGCAGCUGAUUCAAUAUUACAUCUGUCUGCACGAGGGAGAGCACAAUGUAAUAUUAGGUUUACUAUUUUUUCGUGAAUGGAUGGGAGAUGCCAGAGGGUUACCAGAAACCUUAUGAUAACUCAAGCACCACAUCUCAUUCUUUACCUCUUGCCAGCCAUUGCUAUUUAAUGCGUGAAGACCCAGAUACUGUACCCAUCGACUUUAACCACAACUCUAAGUCAUCGCCAAAGUUUUUCAGAAGGAAACAUUUUCUUGGACUUUGAGUUCAUAAAAAAUACGCCUACUUGUGAGCUUUGUAUUGUACUCUCUAGCCAGGAACAAUUUUUUACUGUUCUUGCUUUUUCUUUUUGUUCAUGUAAAUUACCUUUUUUUCCUACUGUAUUUUUAUAUGUGAUUUCCUAAAUUGUUAAACUUAUAAAGAUCCAGAAACUUGAUAUGAUGGGUUUUGUGUAUUA